GAGAAAUCACGAAGUUUUAUUCUGGACUUGACGCCGGAUGUCCUUGUGCUCGGAGCUCUCGGCAGCUCUGAAGGCCGAAUGACCUGCCAGGUUCUGCGGGACAUGGUCAUGGAGCGGACCCGGAAACAUGCCUGGCUGGUCAGCUCGGUGAAGGAUGCCCUUCAAGCAGCACGGACGGCGCAGUACCUGCUGGUUGUCCUCACUGCAGGGUUGCUCCGAGACGAGAACUUUUUGGCGGUGCUGAAGGCCUUGGACACGGCGUUCGGGGAUGAACGCCUUGAGAUCGUCGGCGCCCUCGCGGACCAAAACUUUGAGUUCGCGUCGGCUUCGUACUACCAGGAGCUUACUGAUCGAGGAGAAGACCUCCUGGUCCAGUCUGUUCGGCGUGUGGUGAAUAUUCUGGCCUUACCCUUCUCUCCGCAGACGUCGAUCAAGGUGAUGAAUGCACAGGCUGACGAGAUUUGCCGCCGAUUUCGCUUCAAGGAGACGGAGCUGCGGCGCCAAGUUACCGUCUCCGUGCCAAUCUUCCAGCAAGAGCAGUCGACGGAAGAUGAGGAUCAGCCCAUGAGUCCGGUGACGGGCCACGUGCUUCGCCUUCACCUUGCGGGCGCCCCAGGCGACGCGGGGACUCCGCCCGGAGACGUGAAGGCCGAGGCCGAGGAUGGCUCUGAGGAGGAGGUGGCCGUGAUCGACUCAUUAACGGACUCCGGCAUAUGGAUUACUCCUGCCGACGUCGAGCCCAUGAGACAGUCCUCCAUCGACACCCUCAUCGUGGACGAGCCCAUGUAA